UUCACUGUAUCUCGUGUCGAAAUUCGGCGCAACCCAGUUUAUCAGUCGCAGUCAUCGAAGCUAGUCGCUCGUACCCAUUUUGUUUCCAAUCAAUUUGCAUUUUUUUGCAAUUUCGGUGCAUCCCAAAUCUAAUCAGGAUGAGUCUAAACUGUUUGAGAAUCGCUGCUCAACGUGUCCGCGCCGGUUCAAGAAUUGUCCAAAAUGCUGGAAAUGUCCGUUCGUACAAUGUCGCAGUUGGCAAGGUAACGCCGAUCAGUGCCUGCUACCACCAUCACAGUAUUCGCAGUAGUGAUAAAUUUCAAGGUUAUCCUUUGGAACUUCGAGGCGCCCAUCGUUGCUAUAGUGAGCAAUGCCCCGAGAACAAGUACGAUCCGAACUGCAUCGAUUUUCGUCAGGUGGCCACCUACGAUGAAAUCGUUGAUCUGCCAAACCAUCCGGAAGUGUUGCUCAUCGAUGUACGCCGACCGGAUGAACUGGCCGGCACUGGAACCAUUCCGACCAGCAUCAAUAUUCCGCUCGACAUCGUCGAGGAAGAGCUGAAACUCGCCCCGAAGCAGUUCGAAAGCAAGUACGGUCGUCCGAAGCCUGCUUACGAUUCGCCCAUCAUCUUCAGCUGCCGAUCGGGAAUUCGAGCCGGAAACGCGGCCUACAUUGCCGACACACUUGGAUUCACAAAUGUCAAGAACUAUGUCGGCUCCUGGCUGGACUACGCCGAGAAGAAUGGCCUUCCGCAGGAACCUCAGGAAAACAAAUUCUACUGAUACACUACUACUAGCUUUUAUAAGUGUGUGCAUGAUGGAAACGUAAUAAACAAGUCUCCUACGGCGGAAUUAGCGCCCCUUACGAGCAGUGUGUCUUCUUUUAUGUUUUGAUCUAUUUUUAGAAGAGCAUUGCUUCCGUUCGGUGAGAAGUAAGUGGUGAAGGGGAGACUGGGCUUCAAAGGGGUGGGGCUACUACGAUAAGUAAUAGGGGAAUGGUUGCUUUGUCCAUCCCAUGGUCAACCUAUGGCGCAUAGAUUGAGAACAAAAAAAUGAAGCCCAACUUGUUUUCCAUCUUGUUUUGGCAUCGUGAAUUUGAUCACGUUCUACUUUCAAGUAAGAUCAAUGUUGGAGAUUAAGAUUAGUAAUAAGUGCGACAAGCCUAUUUGAAUGUGUCUCCUAAUUUAGUGUUUCAUGUGUCUACUAGUCGUACCUGCAUCAUU